CAGCAGCAGAACAGUAAAUUCCUGUGAAAGCUGACUGUAGGAGUGAGAGAGCUGGAGAGGGAACUUAGAGGGAGAAGAUAAGAGAACUGCUGAGCUGAGAACAUUACUUUUAUAUUUAGUACACUAUAAAAUAUCUACAGGAGGAAUCAGAGUAGAGGCACUAAAACUGCUGUGGUGAAGAUUCAUCCAGAUACUUACUGAAGAGAUGAACCACAACGUUGCUGAUUCGGACUGUGAGAGCACAGAGCCUCUGAGGUAUCUCAGUCAUGGAGACGGAGUUGCUGAGGGACUAUCGGUUUGGGCAGCAGCAGCUGACAGAGAUUUUGGGACAUGCGUGUGCUGUUGCUAUCACUAAGGCCUUCCCACUGGGCACUCUGGGUAAGAGGCAGCCCACUGUGCUGGUGGUGUGUGGACCUGAUCAGAACGGCUGCAUUGGUCUGUCCUGCGCAAGGCAUUUGAGAGUGUUUGAGUACAUGCCAACUGUCUUCUACCCAAAGCGCUCAGCGAACAGCCUGCAGCAGGACUUCACUGUGCAGUGUGAGAGAAUGGACAUCCCAUUCCUGUCCUACCUUCCCACAGAGGUACAGCUUAUAAACGACGCGUAUAACCUGAUUGUGGACGCAGUGCUGGGUCUGGAAACAGAGCUGGGAGAAGCUGAAGAGCCUUUCACCAACAUCAUACUCACCCUUCAAGGAGUCAAAAUCCCAAUUGUCAGCUUAGACAUCCCAUCAGGCUGGGACAAUGACAAAUCCAGUACAGACGGCAUCAGCCCUUCUGUCCUCGUCUCACUUAUGGCACCAAAAAAGUGUGCCCUCGGCUUCUCUGGAACACAUUUCCUGGCUGGACGCUUCCUGCCCUACGACAUUCAGAAGAAAUAUGACCUUAAUCUUCCCAAGUUCUCUGGGACAGACUGCAUAACUGAACUACAAUAAUUAUUCUGUGAUCGUGCCAGCUUUUUUCCUACCUGGAGUUUGUGUCUGUAGUUGUUAAUUAUUCACACAAGUAAAAGAAAACAAUAAAAAGUAGUUUUAAA